AUGGGGCCGGCUAAGAGGCGGGAGGGUGGCGGUCGGCGAGCUCAGCCCGCGGCUCGCCUUGGUUUGCAGGUGGCCAUCAAGCGAGUGCCCCGGGAUCGCAUCUGGGAGUGGGCGCGGCUGCACGACGGCGCCCUUGUGCCCCUGGGGUUGGUGCUGCUCUCCAUGGUGUCGUGCCCUGGCUUCCGCGGCAUCGUGCAACUCCUGGACUGGUUCGAGCUGCCCGAUGGCUUCGCCCUGGCCAUGGAGCGUCCGGAGCACUGCCGGGACCUCUGGCACCUGCUGCACUGA